AUGCCCGGCCCCAAGGCCACCAAGGUCGGCCAUUUCCUGGCCAAGGCCCUCGCCAUCAAGCUCGAUUAUCGCAAUGAGCUGGACGAGGAGAUCCGCCGGGGGGAGUCCGUCUUCUCCACGCAAACUGCUGAUACCUAUGUUGAGGAAGAACCCACCACCGGGGAAUUCCUGCGGGAGGUUAUCCCCGACCGACAUGAUGUCGCCCGCUACUUCAUCUCCCUCUUCCCCUUCCUCACCUGGAUCACCCACUACAACCUCCAGUGGUUUCUUGGUGACCUGGUAGCUGGCAUCACCAUUGGCUGUGUGGUCGUCCCGCAGGGUAUGGCAUAUGCGACGCUGGCGGGUCUUCCGCCUCAGUUCGGACUCUACUCCUCUUUCAUGGGCGUUCUCGUCUACUGGUUCUUUGCUACAUCUAAAGAUAUCACCAUCGGCCCCGUGGCCGUGAUGUCGACCCUCGUCGGCGAUGUCCUGACAAGAGCAAAGGAAACCCACCCAGACAUUCCGGGCCAUGAGAUCGCUUCCGCCUUGUCAGUCAUUGCAGGCUGUAUUAUCUUCUUCAUCGGACUCGUUCGCUGUGGGUGGAUUGUCGACCUGAUCCCACUCGUUUCCAUCUCUGCAUUCAUGACUGGUUCGGCCCUGAACAUUGCCAGUGGUCAGGUUGCCGGUCUCAUGGGAAUUUCGAAAGUGAACACGCGGGAUCCCACUUACUGGGUAAUUAUCCACACACUUCAGGGAUUGCCAAGGACGUCCCUGGAUGCUGCAAUGGGCCUGACGGCUCUUUUCUUGCUAUACGGGAUCAGAUCGGUUUGCAAGUUUGCGGCGAAGAAGUUUCCGAGACGCCAGAAGCUCAUCUUCUUUUGCGCCACUCUCCGGACCGUGUUCGUCAUCUUACUGUACACCUUGGUUAGCUGGCUCGUGAAUAGACACCACCGCCAGCACCCCAAGUUCAAGGUUCUUGGCAAGGUUCCGAGAGGCUUCAAGGCAGCAGCGGUCCCAACGAUCACUAAGCCAAUGAUUACGAUAUUCGCUACCGAUCUACCAGCAUCCGUGAUCGUUCUCUUGAUCGAACACAUCGCCAUCUCAAAGUCCUUCGGGAGAGUGAACAACUACAUCAUCAACCCCUCCCAAGAGUUGGUUGGGAUUGGAGUAACAAACAUCCUCGGACCUUUCCUUGGUGCCUAUCCAGCAACGGGUUCCUUCUCGCGUACAGCCAUCAAGUCCAAGGCCGGUGUCCGGACUCCCUUCGCGGGUUUGAUCACGGCCAUCGUGGUCCUCCUUGCCAUCUAUGCUCUCCCGGCUGUCUUCUUCUACAUUCCAAACGCAACCCUAUCUGCGGUCAUCAUCCACGCUGUUGGUGACCUGAUCACCUCGCCGAAUACCGUCUAUCAGUUCUGGCGCGUGGCGCCUCUUGAUGUCCUGAUCUUUUUUAUCGGGGUCAUCGUGACCGUCUUCUCUUCGAUCGAGAACGGUAUCUACACCACCAUCUGCGUUUCCUUCGCCGUCCUGAUGUUCCGGAUCAUCAAGGCCAAGGGUCGAUUCUUGGGUAAGGUGAAGGUCCACUCCGUCAUUGGCGACCAGGUCCUGAACGACAGCAACAAACCCCUUGCCGAAAAUGGCACGUUCCCCAAGUCCGCGGAUGUCGACGAUGGAGGAGCCCGCGCCCUCUUCCUACCCAUCGAUCACGGGGACGGCUCCAAUCCUGAGGUCGACAUCGUGAACCCCUACCCGGGGAUCUUCAUCUACCGCUUCUCCGAAGGCUUCAACUACCCCAAUGCAAACCACUACCUGGACCAGCUAACCAACCACAUCUUCGCGAAAACGCGCCGCACCAACCUCAACCACUACGCCCGGCCCGGCGACCGGCCGUGGAACGACCCGGGCCCCCGCCACGGCAAGGUCCCUGAAGACCACGCCAACCGGCCAACACUCAAGGCCAUCAUCCUGGACUUCAGCUCCGUCAACAACGUCGACGUCACCUCGGUGCAGCAGCUGAUUGACGUCCGCAACCAGCUCGACCGCUACACGGCGCCCGCCGUCGUCGACUGGCACUUCACCUCCAUCAACAACCGCUGGACGAAGCGCGCCCUCGUCUCGGCCGGCUUCGGCUACCCAACCCCUGACCGCGGCGACGGCACACUCACGCGCUGGAAACCCAUCUUCUCCGUGGCCGAGAUUGGCGGCAGCGACUCAGCCGCCGCCGUCGCCGAAGCCGCCAACAACGAGAAAGAACUGCAAGCGCAGCGCACGCGAUCACGGCGCACCGGCGACCCCACGUCCCCGGACUCGGACAGCGGCAUCAGCGCCAGCGACCUCAAGACCAACGUCGGCGUCAGGACGCUGGGCCGCACCGCCGUCGUCAACGGCAUCAACCGCCCGCUCUUCCACAUCGAUCUCACGAGCGCGCUGCAGAGCGCCGUGGCGAACGUCAAGGCGCGCGAGGCGGCCGAGGCCGAGUUCGAGGCUCGUGGCGGCGAGGGCAUUGGCGAGGAGCCGUGA